AUGAAAAUAUCUAUCAAAAUCUAUCUAUCUAUCUAUCUAUUCAUCUAUCUAUCUAUCUAUCUCAGCCAUUGCAACUCAACUACGAGGAUCAUCUGUAUAGCACCGAUGUAUUGUAAAUACUUGCUACCGUUGCUCGCCCAUCUAUCUAUAUAUCUAUCUAUCUAUCUAUCUAUCUAUCUAUCUAUCUAUCUAUCUAUCUAUCUAUCUCAGCCAUUGCAGUUUUCUACUGUUUACGAGGAUCAUCUGUAUAGCAACCGAUGUAUUGUAAAUACUUGCUACCGUUGCUCGCCCAUCUAUCUAUCUAUCUAUCUAUGUCUCUCACCGAUGUAUUGUAAAUUCUUGCUACCGUUGCUCGCCCAUCUAUCUAUCUAUCUAUCUAUCUAUCUAUCUAUCUAUCUAUGUCUCUGUCUUUCUAUCUAUCUAUCUAUCUAUCUAUCUAUCUAUCUAUCUAUCUCAGCCAUUGCACACCGAUGUAUUGUAAAUACUUGCUACCGUUGCUCGCCCAUCUAUCUAUCUAUCUAUCUAUCUAUCUAUCUAUCUAUCUAUGUCUCUGUCUUUCUAUCUAUCUAUCUAUCUAUCUAUCUAUCUAUCUAUCUAUCUAUCUCAGCCAUUGCACACCGAUGUAUUGUAAAUAAUCAUCCAUCUAUUCAUCUAUCUAUCUAUCUAUCUAUCUAUCUAUCUAUCUAUCUAUCUAUCUAUCUAUCUAUCUCAGCCAUUGCAGUUUUCUACUCAACUACGAGGAUCAUCUGUAUAGCACCGAUGUAUUGUAAAUACUUGCUACCGUUGCUCGCCCAUCUAUCUAUCUAUCUAUCUAUCCAUCCAUCUAUCUAUCAUCUAUCUAUCUAUCUAUCUAUCUCAGCCAUUGCAGUUUUCUACUCAACUACGAGGAUCAUCUGUAUAGCACCGAUGUAUUGUAAAUAUUUUUACCGUUGCUCGCCCAUCUAUCUAUCUAUCUAUUCAUCCAUCUAUCUAUCUAUCUAUGUCUCUGUCUUUCUAUCUAUCUAUCUAUCCAUCCAUCCAUCCAUCCAUCUAUCUCAGCCAUUGCAGUUUUCACUCAACUACGAGGAUCAUCUGUAUCGAUGUAUUGUAAAUCUUGCUACCGUUGCUCGCCCAUCCAUUCAUCUAUCUAUCUAUCUAUCUAUCUAUCUAUCUAUCUAUCUAUCUAUCUAUCUAUCUAUCUAUCUCAGCCAUUGCAGUUUUCUACUCAACUACGAGGAUCAUCUGUAUAGCACCGAUCCACUUGCUACCGUUGCUCGCCCAUCUAUCUAUCUAUCUAUCUAUCUAUCUAUCUAUCUAUCUAUCUAUCUAUCUCAGCCAUUGCAGUUUUCUACUCAACUACGAGGAUCAUCUGUAUAG